AUGGACAACCUCCGAGUGCUGCUCCUGCUCUUCCUGAUCGUACCGGCCAGCAGCCGGCCGAGCCGCAUGCAACUGCAGUCCCACUACCGGCGCGCCGUGGCCGCCUACCGCCGCCUGGAGCGCACACUGCCACGGCAGGAGCUGAGGGCCCUCACGGGCAUUGGCGUGCUGAACGGAGCCCGCCAGGCGGAGCAGCUCAUGGAGGAGCACCUGGUGGAGGCCAUCAAGGAGCUGCUGCUGAUGCAGACGGAAGCAGAUGCAGAUCUGCCGCAGAGCGGCGAUCGCGUGAUGCCCAAGAUCGAUGCCAUCGAGCAGCAGCUGACGCGGGACCAGCGCGCCCUGGACAUCCUGAGCAGCGCCCUGGACGUGCUCUCCAGCACGAAGGAUGAUCACGAGUUCCAGCUGGAGCUGCGCGAGCUGGCCGCGCAGCAGAAGGAGGACGAGCUGCUGCAGCAGGAGCUCUCGGCGGACAUCACGGGCGGACAGCAGCCGGAGCUGGGGGAGCGGCUGGGCCAGCUGCGCAGGCAGAUCCUCAAGCAGGUGCCACAAAUGAGGGUCGACCUGGACGCGAAGAUCGAGAAGGCGCUGAGCCAUCUCCUGGAGCAGGCCUCAGAGGACGGGGUGCUGGCCAAGGCCAGGCAGAAGGUCAUCCAAAAGCGAGCCGUCCAAGGGGACGAUGUGGCGCUGGAGACGGAGGGGGAACGACAAUUUCCCGACGAAAUGCGCAUCAUCAAGUCCAUUCUGACAGAGACCGAUCACUUGCACUUCCAGGAGGACUUCCGGGAGAAUCUGGUGGAACAGCAGCCAGAGAGACAAAGCAAGAAGCGGGAGAGGGAGCAGGAGCAGGAGCCCGCCGACUCGGAGCUGGACGACCUGCGGGACGACGUGGAGGAGCUGGACUUUAAACCAAAGCCAAACUCCGAUCCGAAGGCCAAGCAGCAGAGUGCCAAGCAAGACGUGGAGCCUGACUCCACCGAACUGAUGAAGGAGGGAGGCGACGACGAUGAUGAUGAGCUGGAAGAAAUUGGAGAGGAUGGAGCAGAUGGCGGUGCCGGCGGCGGUGCAGGCGUAGGCGGAGGCGGUGGAGGUCUGGUCGGAAUUAUUGGAAGUCUCAGUGGCGGCGAAGGCGGCUCGGAUGUGGGCGCCCUGAUUGGAGCCCUCACUGGCGUCGUUUCCACUUUAUUUGGGCCUGGUGGCCUGGACAUUGACACUCUGAUCAGCAGCUCCACCUCGCUGCUGGCGGGCCUGCUGUCCGGCAACAAAAACUUUGGCACUGUCCUCGGCCAAUACGUGGGCACCGCCUUCGAGGGCGUCUCUGGCGGAGGUGGAGCGGUGAACAAUGGACAGUUUCUGGGCAACUUCCUGGGCACUGUGGUGGCCUCACUAAGCGCAGACCCAGAGGAAGAAGGACCACCGCAGCCGCUGACCUUCGCCAAGAGCCUGCUCUCCAGCUUCCUGGAGGCCAAGUUUCGUCCCGCCGAGGCUUCUGAGGAACGCCACGACAGCGCAGAGCUGCCAAAGCCGCGCAAAAAGAAGGAGGGCGGCGGUGCCGCGGGUGGCUUCGAUUCUGGCGGCUUUGUCAAGCAGGUGGCCUCCCAUCUGGUGAACAGUGCCUUGGGUCUGGUGCUCAACGCCGCCCUGGGCGCCUUGGGCGGUGCCUCGAAGGCCUCCACAGGCGUCUUCUCGAGCAGCAGCAGCAGCAGCAGCAGCGGCGGCGGCCACCACUGGAAGCCGUCGGCCAGCAAACGAUCAUGGGCCUACGACGCCUACGACGAGCCAUUCUAG